AUGGGGGAAAAGUGUCUGGUGGAGGUGAAACAAUCACUUUUGCAGAUGUUGCAGGUGUUGAUGAAGCAAAGGAAGAGCUUGAAGAACUCGUGGAAUUUCUUUGGAAUCCUGACAAGUAUGUCCGAUGAUGUUCCAAUCCUUACACACUGGAAACCGACGACGUUCCAAUGGCGUCAUCACUCAUCAUCAAUCGACGAGCUUUCUUCCACCGCCGAUAUCAAUUGGAAGAUGAAGCGUGAAGAGGUAUUUGGAAGAUGA